AUGUCCGCAGUCCGCCUCUCUUUCGGCUCCCGCGCCGGCGGAACGGGCGACUACCAGCAAAACACCACCAAUGGCUUCUUCUCUGGCGGCCCCUACGACUCACUGGAAGCCCUCGCGGACGCCCUUAAGAACGAGAUCAGAGGCAGUGCUGAGAGUACUGUGCCCGAAUGUACGACUGUCGAGCUCUCCUUGGCAUACACUGCGCUCAUCCCCCUCGUGCGACCGACGAUAGGCCCCUACGCGGACGGGCAGGCGAACGAUCUGCCGCAGGAGUUCAAGACGAAUAUGCAGGAUGUGGAUAAUGGGUCUGGGACGUCAAAAGCAGAGCCAGUGGCUACGGCCGGGUUGGUGAUCAAUAUCGCGGAUCCUGCACAGCGGGCGAUCGUGCAGCGCGCGGCUUCACGAGGGUUGAUCUCGACGAUCGAGGCGGCGGAUGGGUUUAAAUACUGCUUCAACAAUGCCUGGGCGGCGAAGGAUGAGGAAGGGUCGAGGUUCUCGUAUAUCUGCCAGGAUAGCAUGCAGAACAAGGAUCGGCAUGCGAAUGGCUUCACGAGGACGUUGAAGCAUUUGAAGGGGGAAGGGGAGAGGGGCCCGAGGAAACCGACGUAUGAUUGCAAGGGGAGUGUGAGUGUCAAGUUUAGCAGUGGACGGCAGAGUGUGGAUGUAUACUAUCGGCAUUAUGCGAUCCAUGCGACGGUUGCGGAGAGAAAGGCUGCACCGAGACCGCCGCCGAAACCUAGAACUCCUGGUGAGCAGAACAGCAGGCCGAAGGAGACGGGUGGGUUGUUGGCGACGUUGCAGGCGGAGAAUGUGGCGAGCUCUGCGUUGGCGGCGAUGGAGCCCGCGCAGCCGUCGAAUAUUGGGAGGCCGUUGAAGAGGAAGAGGGAUUCUGGAGGGCCACCGAUUGUGCAGAGUAAGGAUUGGAAUCAGGGGAUGUCGCUGAUGGACCUUCUUCGACAAAGUGAUACGGCGAAUGCACCACAGCCUCCCCCUGAAGCUGCUAAACCAGCACGGCAGCCUGCGAAAGCUCCUGUAGCGUACGAACUCCCCUCCUGGCAAUCACCGCCGCCGCCAUUGAAUCACCCAGGCCCGACUUCAGGAUAUCCGGCCCCGUAUCCACCGCCUCAGUCUAGGAAUAAGCCCACUUCUACGCCGACUCCGCAACAGCGGAAGUCUUCUGCUCAGCGUCCUCAGGCGCAAGGACUCUUCACGACGAUGAAGCCUGCAACGUGGACCAAUAAGUCCGCCGAGCAAGUUUCGUACGGGCCUAUAUCUACGCAGCCAUCGCCGGUUGUGUUCAAACCGCCGCAGACGACGACGUCGACGAGAUUUACGAAUCGAGACGCGCAUGUUCCCCGUGCGAUUAGGAGUUGUAACAAUUGCAGGUUGAGGAAGCUGAAGUGUGACGAAGGCCGACCCUGCAGCACCUGCAUAAAAUCCAACAAGACAGAUUGCGAUUACGUACCCAACCCCUCCGCAUCAACAUCAUCAUCGACGCCAGUCCCCACGCCAGCACAAUCCGCACAGCCAGCGCCACCAGCACAGCCCCGGGCACCACAGCCCCCACCAAAAGCCAUACAACCCGCAAGACCGGACUUCGCGGCGUCGUCCUCCUCGUGGGGCGAUCUAUCUCAGCAUUCGGGGCCGAUAAGCUGGCAGACGCAGAGUGAGAGUUUGGGCCCAUCGCAGCAGUGGCAGCCUCCUCAGUCUGGGGAUUUGGCGGCGGGGACUAUGGCUUAUGGGAAGAGUCAGAAUCAGGGGCAGAGGGAGGAGAGUCCGGAUCCGUGGUUUCCGAAGCGGUGA